AUGUGUUGGUGGAAAACUGGCAUUCUCGGCACCCAGGAAUGUGAGCAUCCAGCUACCUGGGUUACAACCAUGCAUUUUCGCCCUUGUGAAAAGAUGCCUGACGUGGAUAACGAACAUCUCGUGCAUGGACUUAAAUCGACACGGUCCUAUUCUCCACCGGAGCGUCUAGAACAUGUUUCAAUAGAUUUACACUUACGGCCUAGACAAUCCUGCAUCCGGGUGGCUCCUCACCCCAGCCAAGGACCUCGCCGUAGGAUAUUGAACGUUCUCAAGUACGUGCGUGUCCUCCGAAAGCACCGCGGCCCGGCUGAAGAACUGCACGGGAUGCUUCAAUUUUUGGAAGAGUGGAAGAGAAACGCCAGUCCGUUUUACAAUAGUCGCCCUCCGUACCCAUCUGAGUCUAUGUGCGUAAGACAAACCGAUUACGGCUGGGCGGACUGCUGGUGGAUAGUGUAG